ACGCAGUCGGCACGCGUUUGGCUUUCUCGCCUCGCGGGUUUUUUAUUUAUUAUUCGCUGAAGUGACAAGCCAAGAAACGACAACAAAAAUCGCAGAGAAUCGGGGAAAAUCCCAGUGUGUUGGAUAAAGUAUAAAUCAUGUGCGAGGAAAUCAAGACAAUUCGGAAAGUCAAAGGAGUUGAGCCAAAGAUGAAAUCAACAGCGAGAAAUUGCCAGUCAUAAAAAAGGGAAACGCAAGUGCUUCCAGCAAUAAACUUCCAUCAACCAAUAAGAAAGGAACCAUGGCCACCAGUUCAUCGAAUAUAUCCCGGAACGGUGGAUUCUGUGGUGCACUGCAGCGGGCCCCGCCGCCCAUGCCGCCGACCCUCAUCCGCCGCCUGAGCAGCCGGGAAUGCUACGGCGUGGGCAAGGUGAAGGUCAUGCUGCGGGUGGCGGAGCGGGACAGGAACUCCGGCGGAACAACCGAGCCGGACUUUAUGGCGCUGGACAAGAAGAAGCGACAGGUCACGCUCACCGAUCCGAGAAAUGUGUGUCCUCCGCCGCAGGCUGCCCAGGAACGGGCGCCCAUGGUGGCCGCACCAAAAAUGUUUGCAUUUGAUAACCUCUUCACCGGGGAGGAUAAACAGUCGGAUGUGUGUGCAUCGGCGCUGAGCGAAGUGAUACCCGCCGUGCUCGAAGGCUCCGAUGGCUGCCUGUUGGCCAUGGGAUAUCCCGCCACCGGACAGCCCCAAACGGUGUUGGGGGAUGUGGGCGGAGGUGGAAAUGGGAGUGGCACUGGCAGUGGGGCGUGUUCCCUGGGAGCGGCCCCCUGUGCCAUCUCCUGGCUAUACAAGGGCAUCCAGGAGCGGAGGCAGAAGAGCGGAGCGCGAUUCUCGGUUCGGGUCAGUGCCGUGGGCGUCAGUGCCACCAAACCGGACGCCCUUUCGCAGGAUUUGCUCAUCUCGCAUGCAGCCGAAUCUGACGACUCCCCGGGGAUUUAUUUGCGUGACGACUUCCUUGGCGGUCCAACGGAAUUACGUGCACCCACCGCCGAGCGUGCGGCCCUGUUUCUCGACUCUGCGCUCGCCGGACGCUUAAAAAGUUCCGGUUCCACGGGAUCUGGGAGUUCUGGCAGUUCUGGAUGUGCCGCCGCCCCCUUGGAGUCCGCCCUCAUCUUCACGCUGCACGUCUACCAGUACAGCCUGUCCCGCAAGGGCGGUGUGGCUGGCGGUCGGAGCCGUUUACAUAUCAUCGACCUGGGCGGGUGUGCGAAUCGCAGCGGGGGACUGCCGCUGUCGGGGAUCGGGAACAUACUGCUGGCGAUACUAUCCGGCCAGCGGCAUCCCCCACACAAGGACCACCCGCUGACCCCGCUGCUCAAGGACUGCCUGGCCCCCAUCACAUGCCAUGUGGCCAUCGUGGCACAUGUGCGACCCGAGCAGAGCUACCAGGAUGCCCUAUCCACCAUUCAAAUCGCAUCCAGGAUUCAUCGCCUGCGUCGCAGGAAACAUCGUGUUCCCAUGCCCUUGGCGGUGGGCUUGGCCCAAGGACUCGGCGGCAAUGGCUCAUCGGCGGGAUCGGGAGCGGAUCCGUCGAGUUCCGAAAUCUCCGCUGACACAGUCAUCUAUAUGGGACCCAACGACGAUGCCACGGAUGGGGAACAUCCGCCCGUGUAUCUGCCUUCGCUGAAUACGGGGGAUAAUCGCGGGGUGAUGAGUAAAGCCCUCAAGGGGAGUGGCUUGGAGAAACCCCCCUCGAAGUCCGCCUCCAACAGUCCCAUGAUGAUGAAGAAGGCCAUAGCAGCGGAAAAAGCCAAAAAGCUACCGGUGAGCAACACGGGAAGCCUGAAGCGACAGGCGGGAGCGGGAGCAUGCUCCUCUCCACUGAUUCCCCACGAGCAACCGCAGCUGCAGGCCAUGGGAUCGCCUAUUCCGAUACCCCGGCACAUGGUGUCCAAGGGAUCGAUGGUUCCCUCACCCAAGGGAUCGCCGAUGCGAAGAGCUCAUCCGGGAGCAGCGCUCGAACAAUUGGAAGCGGGAAUGAGAAAAAUAACCGAGGAGCAGUGGAUCGAUGGACCUCGAGUGUCCAGGGCCAAAGUGGCUGAAGCCCGUCAUCUAAUGAGGGAGGUUAAUCAUGUCAAACAGUGCGAAACCUGGGUGGAUGGUCCCAAGUCCCAAUCCUGUAGAUCCCUGACAGCCGGAAAUCUUCCAGCAACCGGGGGAAGUCAGGCUCAGGGUUACGGAUUCAUGGAUGCCCAUAAAAAGACCAUGAUUCGUCAGUGGGUUGAGAACCAGACAACGCAAGUCUUCCAAAGUACAGUCUCCGCCAGCAAUUCCCCCACUGCUUUGCAUUGGAAACUAUCGCAGUUGAAACAAAAGUCUCUGGACUUGCCAGACAGACCUGCUUUUAAUCCGGAACCUUCUUUGGAUCUCAAUCAGCCAUGCUUCGAGGGCUUACCUCUCUUGGAUCCUGCUCCUCCGGAUGGCGAUGAAGACGAGGAUAGUGGUCCCUCGGAGGUUCCUCCCGCUCUUCCAUUACUAGAUGAUCCUCUGGGCUCUAGGGACAUAUCGCAGGAUAACCUGCACAGGAUGUUGUCGAGACAUGUGUCCAGGGAGCAGCUUUACGAGGCUGAACUGGUGGCCAGCAGGGCAUCAUCUUCCCAUCAUCCAUCGCAGCGGAGUAUCGAUUGUGGACUACAGGUCACGGAGGAGGAGAUUGCCAGGACUAUGGCCAGGGAUCGGGACCACGAUCACAGUGCACAUCCUCUGUCGGCUCUGAGUCAUUGCGACAACAUAUCCUUUGUGUCCAGCUUCAACAUGGCCUGUGAAUCCUUCAGUGAGUGCGGAGAAAGAGCAAGACAUCAAUUUGAUCAGCUGGCCCGCCUGCAUGAGAUUUUCACCUCCCAACUGGCGAUGGCCGAAGUCACGCCCUCCGCCGCCCUUUUCCGGACGGACAUUGGAAGCGUUUUCAGUGAGCCCGUCUAUCACUUCAAUGUGGGCCAGAGUAGCGUUUGCAGUGAACCGGCUUACAGAUUGACACCCAGUCCGCCAAAACAACCGUCUCACAGUCCGAGUCAGGGAUCACUGCCCAGUUUGAAUGGCAUAAUGCAGAUAGCUGGGAUGGAGGAUUAUGCCCUACUUCGCCAGCCAGACGGAGCAUCCGAUCCGAAUCUUCAGAAGGGUGAGAAAAGAUUUACACCCCAGCACGAUGAUAUUUGCGAGUUGGAUGAGAAAUCCAUGGCGGCGGCGGUGGGUAAGAGAAAUUCUCUGGAGGAUGCACAGCAUAAGCUCAAUGAGAUCACGAAUAUACUUCCACUGGCUGCUCAAUCGCGACUUCCCCUGCUGCCACUAAAUACCAGUUCGGAGGCCUACGACAGUGGUCAUGAUUCCAACUCCACACCUAGGACCUCCAAGCACUCGGGCAUAUCGAGAAGAGCAGAGAGUGGCUAUCACAGUGUGGCCACCGUAAGGGAUUCCGAUGAGAGUAGCUUCGCAUCCGGCAUGUCCAAGGGUCAGCGGCAUCGCAUCACCAUUUCAGGAUCAGGAGCUGUCACAACGGCGGGCAUUGGAAAUUACCAAAGACAGUGCCACAAGAAGCGACAUCGACAGGAUCAGGCUGGGAACAAUAAGGGCCUCUGCAACUGGCUGUUGACUCCCUUUUCCUGCACUUAUCCAGAGACUGAGGGUGAGAUCAGCGAUUUUUAGAACAGCAACAAGACAACCGCAUCCAAGUCCAAAACACCCACCAAAAACGCAAAAAAACCGAGCUAGUCCAGCAUUCAAAAUGGCCAAAAAAAAAAGAAACAAGCUAAAGUAAAGCAAAAAGGAAAAAUAUCAUACAGUUUUAGGAAAACACGACUAGGAUGAGGUAGAAGGAUAGACGAUCUUUGAUAGCGACUGAUUAAAUUUUACUAGGCGACGUCUGCCACAACAACAAAAACCAAACAUAAAAACACAAACCAAUGAAAAAAAAAACCAACCAGAGGAAACAAAAAUUAUGCAAUUUUAAAGUAAUCUAAUAAUUAACCCAAAUACCUAAGAAACUCAUUAUAAAAUCAGUGGGUUUUGCAGGUGUAAGGCAGUUUAAUGUGCUUAAUAUUGAAUUUAUAAAAUAAAAAUAAAUUUAAAGUGAACAAAAUUAUUUCGAGAAAGUAUACAUAUCUUUAGACCCAUUUGUAUUCGAAUUUGCAUUAUUCAUAAAAUUGUCAGGAAAUUCUACUGUCUUGCACUUACUUGACCCACUGAAUACGCUAUAAAUCAAUCGAAUCAAUCACUCACUCGACUCACUCACUAAAUACACGCAUAAGUUCAAAAGGGGCUUUAAAUAUCUUAAGUUGCCAGCUAGCAUAAUGAAGGAUAAUCGGGACAUGCAUUUAAAACUAAGAAACUAUGGAUUACGAGAAAUAUAACCAUAAAUUAAAGUCCCGAAAAUCCAUAUUGUAUCUAUAAAUAUUGAACAUAAAUAUAUUAUUAACAUAAUCAGGCUACAAUCACUAUGACUUUACAAUGCAGAGAUACAUCUAUAUACAUACACUAUAUAUACACGCAAACAUAUAUAUAUACACACUCAAUAUACAUAUAUCAUAUAGCUAUUUAUUGUUUAGUUUGGGUUAUCUGUUCGGGCAGUCGAUUUAAGAUCAAGUAUGCUAAAUGUUGAAUGUUUGCUUAUUCAAACGAUUUAUUGCCAAUUAUAAGUUACCAAAUGUUUAAAUUAAUUGUUAGUUAGCUAAAGUUAUACACAUCUACUACUAAUCAUGGACAAGAGCGACAAGAACCACUGACUAUAAAGCGAAACGGUUUUUGCACAGUAGACAAAUGUUAAACAUACAAUUUUGUUGCCAUUUUUGCCUAAAUAAACUAUGUUACAAAUCGAAAAACGAACAAAAUGAAAUGAAACCAAACGGAAAAAUAAGAAAAUUCAACAAAAAAUAAAUAAAUUAUAUAUUUAUCAGAGAUACAUAUUCUAUAAGGAAAGCGAAUCGAUGGAUGAUUUUAAGGAAACCUAAUGCAUAUUCUAUAUAUAUAAAUAACAUAACAAAUAUUAUAUACAACAUUUAAUGAGUGCAAGCAAAAUGAAAGACGCCCGGAGGUAUGCAACAAUUUGUGUCCUGUCCGGAAAUAGCUAACAUUUUGUGCCGCAUUUUGUUCGUUUCGAUUCGAUCAUCAAACUAUAAAUUAAAAUAUCGACAUUCCUUCAUUGCCUUUUAAGUCAGCGUCAUCAGCAUAUAAACAAAGCGAAAUGUCUAAGCCAUACCAAACACACUAAUUAUAUUGCAUUAUCCAUACAUAUUUCGUACAAUUAUUAUUCCACUUAUCAAGCGUAGUUAAUCACCCACAAAACCCGCUCUCGUAUGCUUUAAAUUUUAAACAUAAUCACCAAAAACCCAAAAGCCCCCAACACACACAAAUCUUCUUUCAACCCAAAUUGCAAUGUGCAACGUGCGAAUUCCAACCUACGUACAUAUACGAUACAUUCAAACAUACAUCUAUGAUGGAGUCGUCGACUUCGGCGCUGA